UCACCGCACCGAACCCUCCUCAAUAUAAUAUUGUGCUCUUGCGGAUCAUGACGUGCUGUGUCAAGUGUCGCCAUUGACUCCCGAGCAUGACCCUAGUGGACAAUUAUCUCACCGGUGUCCCUUCCGGCGUCGAAGGGAUCAUGGAUUUCGACAGUGUUGAGCGUACUCAGCUCGACGAUUGGGACCACGUGGAGGAUGAUCUGGAGAAAUUGAUGGGACAGAUGAUCCGGAAACAGCCGCCUAAGAAGUCUCCUUCAACAGAUGGAGCGCAGAAAAGGAAGGGAGGACAAGGAGGUAUUAUGAAGUCUCCACCCUUGAAGCUGUUACCAGCGCGAAGGCCCUCUAUGCUCUGGACCUCGAAUCGGUAUCGACUGCGGGAAGAGCGACGAGCCGUUUAUCGGGUGACGAUGGCCAAAUUGCGAGCCAUCGAGGACCCGGAAGCCUUCCUACGACGGUCGGUCCUCAUCAACAAUACGUUCAAGUCCCUGCAAAAAAGGGAGCCGGCAUGCUACGCGUAUAGUGGGCGGGUGGGAAUCAUGACUCCCUCGGGCUAUGCCCCGCUAUCACCGCGACCUCAUCAGGACGAAGACGAGUCCGAGACGACGACGAAACGGGCUCGUCUCGACCAAGAAUCGUCUCUCUCGACAGAGACAGAGACGUCCUCGUCAUCGCCAGGGACCUCGUCGAACGAGGAAGAACAGGGUGUGCCGACAAGAUGGUUCGAACCCUCGAAAGCCUUCAAUUCCUGCAGCCAAAGUGUGACACCUUUCAGUGAACUCCAAUCAGCCGUGUUCCAAAGCCUUCUCGCCUCCCUGGAAACGUAGCAAGACUCACUUCCAAGAGCAAGAUUCCCUCUCAAGGACACAAAAUGAAGCCACUCAAAGCAAGGGCGGAGAAGGAACCCCCCCUGUUCAUGAUCAUGUGGUUUGUCUCUCGUCCGUGUAAGAUCCUGUCCUCGUUCAACAGACUGUCUGUGAUAUCCGUAGAUUUAGAGCGUGUGUCUCUGACCUCUUUUCCCCCCCUGGGUGCAGUCUUGGAUGGAGGACGAAAAGAGAAAGAGAAGCAACUGUCGGAUGACUAUGAAAGAGGGAAGAAAAGAAUUAACUCUUUUUUCCCGCUGUGAUAAAAUCCGACACGUUUUUGCCGGUUCCAUGAAAACUUGCCUUCCUACUUCGCCAAGACGAUUCCAACCAUGCACAGUAUUGGCUAUGCACCCAUAUUCUUCCUUUGCCUGUCUCGUUCUACCCUGUACAGCCCCUGAAUCAGUCCCUCUUUGGUGCUGGGUCGAUUAUCCAUCAUACGGUCCAU